UUCAAGCAUUGUGAUAUGGUCAGUUGGUGUUUUGCAGGUAUUCCCAUGUAUAAAAUUCCUUUGUAUCGUGUAGACUGCUGAUUGAUGAUUCGAAUAAUGAAGUCUGUUAGAUGAGAGCUAGAAUGGCCUUUUCUUUUGUCAUAAAUUCUUAAAGUGCUAUCCUCAUAGUUGCUGUGAACCUGAUUUGCCUUUGGUUUUUGGAUUCAGGAGCUUCUUUUCGAAACUCUUUCAAUUGAGGAAAGCGAAGAAGAAUAAUAGAAAGAAAAAAUCAUAGCAAAUUUUAUUCACGUACUUCUACGCUAGUUUCCUUUGAGCAACCAGGUCAAAAUUAAAUGAAAAUAGAUUUUCAGAAGCGUAUCUUCAAUUCCUACAAACAGCAUUUACAAAAAAAUAAUUUCUACGAGUUCAAGAGAAUUCUGUACACUUUAUAUCUAUACUUGGAUGGAAAUGGUCACUUGACCUUUUGUUUUGGAUUUUACCCAGUGGUGAAAAAAGCUACCAACAACAAAAUAGAAUUGCAUUUGUUUGCGAGUCUUUUUAUGGUCAAUGAGGAUUGUAUCAUUGUAAAUUAAAUUAGAAAAGCUAUGCCUCUACCAGUCUUGCGUGUCAAAAGAAAAGCAACUGAUGAUCCCGUAAAUGCUCUAUAUUUGGAGCUUGGGCAUGAAAUAGGGGAACGAACAAUUGCUAAAAAAAGGAAAUCUUCAGGCCGAUAUUUUUUUAGACUCUCUCAGACGUUAAAAAACGAUAAGCAAUAUGUGUCGAAUGUGAACGCCGUCCGUUCUUCUUCUGCGUCAGACUUGCUAGAAUCAACGAAUGUUCCUAGCAAACCACCCUUGCCAAAGGCCAAUUCUUAUGGGAUUCCAAUUAUCCAACCCUCUGAACCUGCAAUUCCAAAAGUUCAUUCUCAUAUGGAUUUGGAUGUAAAAGGAUCAGUUCCUUCCAUUCCUCCUACUUUGGACUCUCCAAGAUUUGCGAUCCAAAAUUUACCAUCUACAAAAGAUGAAAAAGUUUUUGAUGCUAUUCGUCUCCAAAAAAGUCAAGGGAUGUAUCAUACGCAUCCUCAAUUAGAUUCUAUGAUCCAUGAGUACCUUUCAAAUGGCGACUUACCUCUUCAACAAGCCCGUGAAGAAUAUGUUUACGAUAUUUAUGAAGCGUCAAAUAAAGAGCCAUCUAAGCCUCCGACUGGUUACGGAGUUAUCGAUGCUCUUAGUGUUCCUGAUGCUUUUCGUGAAUCGCUGGAAAAUGAGCUUGUAUCGGAAAGUCAUGAUGCAGAAGAAGAGGACCCUUUGCGGGAUGAGAUUGACGAGGAUUCAAACGCAGAAAGCUUCUAUCAAAACAGCUAUCCAGAUGAAGAUGAAUGGGGAGGAUCCAGUGAACAUAGUUUUCAAGAUGAUUUUGCGUCUGACGAAAAUUAUGCAGACGGUUUAUAUGGAUAAAUAAGUAAUUAGACAAUGAAUGGAAUGCGGUUGCAUGGGUGAACGGAUAUUUUCGAGAUUCAUCAAGUUCCCUUGGCCUUGUUCAACUUUUUUACAUUCGUAAUACACAAAUUACUCUUCGGCAUGAAUUCUUUCUUGUUUUCCUGC